AUGUCCGUUCUUAGCACACAGAAGCCAAGCAAUAAGCAACUUAAUGAAGUAGCCUCAGUGCAGUCGCGGCCUCGCGCACAUUGGUCUGAUCCCAGACUGCUCUCUGAGUACCUUCAGCUCAUCUUCAAUGUAACUAUCGUAUCGGGCUUGGUAUAUUUGUGCGUUAGGUUUGUACAGCUCAUAAAGCGCGAUGUGGAUCGGAAACUACAGGCCCAGGCAGUCGCCGCAUCAAGAACUGUACUCGAGUGUAAAGCCAAGUAUGAAAAAAACAGAUGCCAACCGGCUUUCAGGGCUCCGUGGCUCGAGGAUCAGUGUUUAAACUGGCUCAGGUGCAUGAAUCGAGAACUACCAGAAUCACAAGACUUUCAGCAUUCCGCCGUAGUUUGGGCAGAAACAUUGGCCGAGAUUUUAAAUGGGUUUCUCAAACCUAUAAGUGUCAAGUCGUUAUGCAUCUUACUUGUUGGCACCUGUGGGAUUAUUGUUGUGUCAAACGUAGCGUUCAAAUCCUACAGGGUCAGUUACCACGCGGUUCCAAGUGGAACUGUUAUGCGCGGGCAGAAUUAA